AUGAGCAGGCAUUUCUUAUAUUACUGCAGUGAACCAAUCCUGGAUGUGAAGAUAGCCUUUUGUCAGGGGUUUGGUAAACAAGUGGAUGUGUCUUACAUUGGCAAACAUUACAACAUGAGCAAAAGCAAAGUGGACAACCAGUUCUACAGUGUGGAAGUAGGAGAUUCCACCUUCACGGUUCUCAAACGGUACCAAAACCUAAAGCCCAUUGGUUCCGGUGCUCAGGGGAUAGUCUGUGCCGGAUAUGACGCCGUCCUCGACAGAAACGUGGCCAUUAAGAAACUCAGCAGACCCUUCCAGAACCAGACCCAUGCCAAGCGCGCCUACAGGGAACUGGUGCUCAUGAAAUGUGUCAAUCACAAAAAUAUCAUCAGCUUAUUAAAUGUUUUCACACCACAGAAAUCUUUAGAGGAGUUUCAAGAUGUGUACCUUGUGAUGGAGUUGAUGGAUGCUAACCUGUGCCAGGUGAUUCAGAUGGAGUUAGAUCAUGAGAGGAUGUCCUAUCUGCUCUACCAGAUGCUCUGUGGCAUCAAACACCUGCACUCGGCUGGCAUCAUUCAUAGGGAUCUGAAACCUAGCAAUAUCGUGGUGAAGUCCGACUGUACGCUGAAAAUCCUGGACUUUGGGCUGGCGAGGACAGCUGGGACGAGCUUCAUGAUGACCCCCUACGUGGUGACACGAUAUUACCGUGCCCCUGAGGUCAUUCUUGGCAUGGGCUAUAAGGAGAAUGUGGAUAUUUGGUCAGUAGGGUGCAUUAUGGGGGAAAUGGUGCGCCAUAAAAUCCUGUUCCCUGGUCGGGACUACAUUGACCAAUGGAAUAAGGUCAUAGAGCAACUGGGAACGCCGUCUCCAGAGUUUAUGAAGAAACUGCAGCCCACCGUGAGGAACUAUGUGGAAAACAGACCUAAAUAUGCCGGGCUCACCUUUCCCAAACUCUUCCCUGACUGCCUCUUUCCAGCAGACUCCGAGCACAACAAACUCAAAGCUAGUCAGGCCAGAGACCUGCUAUCUAAGAUGCUAAUUAUUGAUCCCGCCAAACGGAUAUCUGUGGAUGAGGCGCUCCAGCACCCCUACAUCAACGUGUGGUACGACCCAUCUGAAGUGGAGGCGCCAAGAGAUCUCAUCCAAAUAUCCAUGCCUCCGCCCCAGAUCUACGACAAGCAGCUGGAUGAGAGAGAACACUCUAUUGAUGAGUGGAAAGAGCUAAUCUAUAAAGAAGUGAUGAACUUUGAGGAGAGGAUGAAGAAUGGAGUGGUGAAGGGUCAGCCCUCUCCCUCAGGUGCAGCCGUGAACAGCAGCGAGAGCCUCCCUCCGUCCUCCUCCGUCAAUGACAUUUCCUCCAUGUCCACCGACCAGACCCUCGCCUCUGACACCGACAGCAGCCUGGAGACCUCUGCUGGACCCCUUGGUUGUUGCAGGUGA